UUAGAAAAGGGUUGCAACGAAUGGGAAUGGAUAGCAACUUCUGGCAAAACAGUACACUUGACCGAUCAUAAGACCACUGUGAAUCAAUUUGAAAUGGUGUCAGAUCAUAUGAUAUUAUGGUAUGAUGGAGAGUAUUCGAACAAGAUAAUGGAAGCAAUCAAAGAGAGAAAGAGGGGCACCACUUGCAAUCCUAUCUUUAAAUUUGAGUUCUAUGCUCAUCAAACAGAGGAUAAUGAAGAUGUAGUGAUAAAGGGGUGUAGGAUCCGUUGGAUGCAUGUCAUCAAUGAUGAAGAAGAGAUUAGUCCAGAUGUCAUUGAUGAAGGAGAGAUUAUUCCUGAUGUCAUUAUUGAUGAGGGCCAUGAAUAUGAUGACUUGGAGUUGGAGGACCUUCAGAUAACUGGAGAAAGAGUGGAUGUACAUUGUUGUGCAUUGGAUAUUGUCAAUUGGUUCAAAAGAUUGUUGGUAAGUUACAUU